AGGGUUGUACGCGGAACAUUUACUUACUUUUCACUUGUGGUUGACGAACGUAAAUUGAAGCCAAGACAAAUACACACAGGAUAAAAUAAGCCUUUCCAAUAUGUGUUCACCUCAAUUUUAUCAGACAAAGUUUUCCAAGUCACGGAUUCAACUUCAUAUACAUUUGGAAUGCUCACCACAUGCACCAACAAUAUGGGAAAUUGCUCAGAACAACAACCAUAAACUGCCUUUCAAGACUCUGGACGAAUUCAAAAAAGAAUGUGUAACCAAGGAACCAAGUACCUUGAGUAACUAUUUAAAACCAUUGGCCUGGUACUUACCAUUAAUCAAAGGAAACUGCACAGCUAUCGAGCGGAUAGCUUACGAGAUGGCUGAACAACAAGCCAGAGAAGGUGUAGUAUACAGUGAGGUUCAUUAUCGACCUGCGAACCUGGCCAGCAUCAUAAGAAGCGAUGGUCUUUCCAGUGCUGAAACGGUGACCUACAGAAUGGUGCUCGAACUCGUAACGAAAGGGUUUCAGCGGGCAGAACAAGACUAUGGCAUAAAAGCGCGUUCGCUUCUCAACUGUGGUAGAGAAAACCCUGACGAAGCUCGUGAGGUUUUGUCACUAUGUGAAGAAUUCAAAGACAAGUCCGUAGUUGGGAUUGGACUAAGUGGGCCGUGGAUUGGGCCAAAUCAGGACUUGGAGGGAGAAGAGGGACUAAGGAAGGAAGUGAUUGAAGUAUUUCAGAGGGCAGCACAGCUAGGAAUCCACAGAACAGCACAUACAGGAGAAGCUGGACCUCCGAGUAGUGUUGAUAGACACGUGAAAUUCCUUCAUGUAGAAAGAAUCGGUCAUGGGUACAGGGCUGUCGAUGACGAAGUACUCUACCAAGACCUACUGAAGAAGGGUAUUCAUUUUGAAACGUGCCCUCAUAGUAGCUACCUUACUGGUGCUGUUCCUGCAAAUUGUAUUAAACACCCGAUUGUCAAGCUUGCCGAAGACAGCGCAGAUUUCUCAAUCAACACAGACGAUCCUUUAUUCACUGGAACGACAUUAGAUGACGAAUACCGUUUGCUCCAAAAAAAAGGACUGAAGGAUUUCCAUAUUGUUCGAGCAAAUUUCAAUGCUGCCCAGUCUUGUUUUUUGCCGCCUCAAGAGAAGAAAGAUCUUUUUGACCAUCUGAAAAAUGUUUAUGGUAUAACAGGGAAUCAAUUUUGCAACCAUUUGAAUAAUAAUUUUCUAACGGUAUAGAAAUAGUUGUGUUAAUCUUUAAUAAAUAAUCAACAGUAGUUCCAAACAGCUCAAUUAAUAAGUUGAAUGAGAUUUAUGGGAUGUUCAAAAUGCCCGUGUCAGUUAAGUAAAAAAAAUGUUUUGCUGCUUUAUCUGUAGUUGAAUUAGUAAUUUGGAAAAUAACUAUGGAACUAAUAAAAUACAUCAAUAUUGACUAUUU